AUGGCUGAAAAUAACACAAAUUCCAUUAAUAAUAAUGAAGAAUACACACGAUCAUUAAAAAGAAAAAGACCUUGUCAUCCAGUUUGGCAAUCUCUCUCAUGGAAUACAGAAAGGACUUUUAUUUUCUGUAACUUAUGCCAAAGACAAUAUGGUCCGAAUACAGGAGUUAGCACGAUCAAGAAUCAUUUUGUAACAAAUCAUCAGAACGAAUGGAAAGAAAUAGAACAAAAAAUUACACUUACUACCCAGCCAACUGAAGUAUACUCUGCAAAAAAGAUUGCAAGAAUUGAAACUCUACUUCUCCGGUGGAUUAUACGUGAUCAGCAACCAUUUUCAGUUGUCGAAGAUGAAGAUUUCCGUGAUUUCGUGACAGAACUAAAUUCUCGAUAUAAACUAUUAAGUCGACAAACAAUUUCAACAAAAAUACAACAAAUCUAUGAAAAGCAACGUGAUAAUGUUAAAGAAUACUUUAAUAAUUAUAAUGGUAAAGUAGCACUUACUACAGAUAUUUGGACAGCAUGCACGAACCAAGCCUAUAUGUCUAUUACUCUUCAUUGGAUUGACGAUAAAUGGAAAAUGAACCGUAUUCUACUUGAUUUAAUAUCUCUUCAUGAAAGACAUACAAGCACCGUAUUAGUAGACAUUAUCUAUACUGUUAUUAAUGAUUUUAAUCUUUGUGAAAAAAUUAUAGCGAUUACUACUGAUAAUGCUUCCAAUAUGAAUUUAUUUGAACAUAAAUUCUCUCAACUUCUAUCUAAUAACCAUGGCAAUACAUCAUUUCAUCGUAUUAGAUGUGCUGCACAUAUUUUAAACCUAAUAGUAAGGAAUGGUCUUGAAGAAGCUAAAGCACUAAUUGCAAAAGUUCGGGAGUUUUCUAUAGCUAUACGUUCAUCUCAAGUUAUAUUUGAAGAUUUAAAAAGAAUAUUUGCGAUGAAAAAACUUCCUCUUUUGAUACUUAUUACCUUACUCGAACCAAUUUAUCAAGCAACAAAUCUUUUAUCCGCAUCAAGUUAUCCUACUUUUGGAGAUCUUCGUAUGGUAUUUCUUGUUAUCGCAGAUAUUAUACAUAAAGCUCAACAAGAAAAUAAUACAAUACAAAAACGAAUGGCUGAUAAGAUGAAUAUAAAAUUAAAUAAAUAUUGGGAGGAACUUAAAUCAGUUUUUCAAGAAGCUACAAUUCUUGAUCCUAAUAAUAAGUUAACACCAUUUAGAUCCGAUAAAGAAAAGCAUGAAGCACGAAAUAUAAUCCAUACAACUUACCAAGCAAACUAUGCAACACAAAAUGAUAUAUUGGAAGAGGUAUCCUUCAAUUCUGAAUCUUUACAUGGCUUUCUCCGUAACCAUUUUAAAGAAACAUAUAAAAUAUUUCCAAAUAAUGGUGAUCCUCUUAAUGAAUAUCUUAAUUCGCCUGUCGAAGAUGUUGAUAUUCUUGUCUAUUGGAAUGCUAAAUCCAGGGAGCAACAAAAGUUGCACUAA